UAUGAGUAUAGAAGAUUUUCGCGGUUUGUAGACAGGUCUUUGUUUAUGAACGAGGCUCCAGUUAUAGAAACUUUGAAUUUCAAACUUGGUAAAAUCUGUGGUAGUAAAGAUCUUCAGAUGUGGAUUAGAGCUGCAGAUAAAGGUUGUGUGCGCGAGCUGAUUAUUGAGAUCAAUACUUGUUCUAGAAAUAAAACUCCAGUCACACUUCCGAGGAGCUUGUAUACAUGCUGUAGAAUGCUUGUGACCUUGAAACUAAAAAAUGCAGUUCUUGUGGAUGAUACUUGUCUAAUUUCUUUCCCGUCCCUCAAAAAGCUGAGUCUUGAAUCCAUGAAGUACCCAGAUGAUGAAUUUAUCAACAGGCUUUUAUCGGGUUGUCCUGUUCUUGAAGACUUGGUUGUGGAGCUAUGUCGAGAUGACAACGUGGCUAUUCUAAGCAUUAGAAUGCCUUCCCUAAAAUGUUUGUUCUUGCAUAAAUCGGAUGGCAUAGUUAAAAAAGAUGCUCAUGGGUUUGUGAUAGAUGCUCCUUGUUUGGAGUGCUUGGACAUUGUUGAUUACUCGCAUGGUUUUCGCAUCGUUGAGAAUAAUAUGUGUAAGAUUGCGAAAGCAAAUGUCGACAUUUCUUAUCCCCAUACUGAGCAGCUUUUGGGUUCUCUAACUUCAGCCAAGCGUCUUUUUCUCUGCUUACCAACCUCAAAGGUAAUAAUAUGUUGUUAACUAAUACGGUUUCUAAUUGCUACAAAAAGCGAGUUCUCUCGUGACAAAAUCUGUUGGCACUAUAUUGCUCCUGUACUAACUCCCGUAUGUUAUGCAGGAUGUCCUGUUGGUAGUGUCUUCA